CAUUACAGAGGAAGGAGCUCUCUAUAUAAGCCAGCCAAAGCUGGCUGCACUGGCCACAGACUGCCUACUGUCACACGCUCUCCCGCGCGCAGACACACACACCCGCUGCUCCUCCGCACAAAGACGGCGCGGGCUCCGGGUGACACGGGGGCGGAGCACGUGGGGGCCCCGCUGCUGCUCACAUCCAGGUACUUAUUCCAUGGAGCUGGUUCACUCAAGGAUCUAGGUCUUUCCCAACUCCGGAAAGAAGAGAAUUCCUUUAAGAAGAUCAGAAACGACUGAUUUGGAUUCUACUCUGUGCUUCGAAAUACCCAAUUCUACCUGAGAGUGAGACACCCAAGGACCAUAGAAUCCCAGAAACAUCCAGCCAAACCCACCUCCACCAUGGGGGCCAUGACUCGGCUGUUGGCAGGUGUCUUCCUAGCUUUACUUGCUGUCUCUACUGAAGGCGGGGUCCUCAAGAAAGUCAUCCGGCACAAGCGACAGAGUGUGGUGAACAUCACCCAGCCAGAGGAAAACCAGCCAAUGGUGUUUAACCAUGUCUACAACAUCAAGCUGCCCGUAGGGUCCCAGUGCUCGGUGGAUCUGGAAUCAGCCAAUGGGGAGAAAGACCUGGCCCCACUGUCGGAGCCCAGCGAAAGCUUCCAGGAGCAAACAGUGGAUGGGAACAACCAGAUCGUCUUCACACACCGCAUCAACAUCCCCCGCCGGGCCUGCGGUUGCGCGGCUGCUCCAGACGUCAAGGAGCUCCUGAGCAGAUUGGAGGAGCUGGAGAACCUGGUGUCGUCCCUGCGGGAGCAGUGUACCACGGGAGCAGGCUGCUGUCUCCAGCCGGCCGAAGGCCGCCUGGACACAAGGCCCUUCUGCAGCGGCCGGGGGAACUUCAGCACUGAAGGAUGUGGUUGUGUUUGUGAACCUGGCUGGAAAGGCCCCAACUGCUCUGAGCCCGACUGUCCAGGCAACUGUCACCUGCGAGGGCAGUGCCUCGAUGGGCAGUGCAUCUGCAAUGAGGGCUUCACAGGGGAGGACUGCAGCCAGCUGGCUUGUCCCAGUGACUGCAAUGACCAGGGCAAGUGCGUGAACGGGGUCUGCGUCUGUUUCGAAGGCUAUGCCGGGGCCGACUGCAGCCAGGAGGUCUGCCUGGUGCCCUGCAGCGAGGAGCACGGCAGGUGUGUGGAGGGCCGCUGUGUGUGCCGAGAUGGCUUUGCCGGCGAUGACUGCAACGAGCCCCUGUGCCUCAAUAACUGCAACAACCACGGGCGGUGCGUGGACAACGAGUGUGUGUGUGACGAGGGCUUCACGGGAGAAGACUGCGGCGAGCUUGUCUGCCCCAACGACUGUUUCGACCGGGGCCGCUGUGUCAACGGCACGUGCUUCUGCGAAGAAGGCUUCACGGGGGAGGACUGCAGUCAACCCACCUGCCCCAACGCCUGCCACGGUCAGGGCCGGUGCGAGGAGGGCCAGUGCGUGUGCGACGAAGGCUUCGCCGGCGUGGACUGCAGCGAGAAGAGGUGUCCUGCUGAUUGUCACAACCACGGCCGCUGCGUUGAUGGGCAGUGUGAGUGUGACGAUGGCUACACGGGAGCUGACUGUGGAGAACUCAAGUGUCCCAAUGGCUGUAGUGGCCACGGCCGCUGUGUCAACGGGCAGUGCGUGUGCGACGAGGGCUACACUGGGGAGGACUGCGGCCAGCUGCGGUGUCCCAAUGACUGCAACAGCCGCGGCCGCUGCGUCCAGGGGAAGUGUGUGUGCGAACAAGGCUUCCAGGGCUACGACUGCAGUGAAAUGACCUGUCCCCAUGACUGCCACCAGCACGGCCGCUGCGUGAAUGGCAUGUGUGUCUGUGAUGAUGGCUACACAGGCGAGGACUGCCGGGAGCUGCGAUGCCCUAGGGAUUGCAGCAACCGGGGCCGCUGUGUGGAGGGGCAGUGCGUGUGCGAGGAUGGCUUCACCGGUCCCGACUGUGCAGAACUCUCCUGCCCCAGUGACUGCCAUGGCCAGGGCCGCUGUGUGAACGGGCAGUGCGUGUGCCACGAAGGCUUCAUGGGCAAAGACUGCAAGGAGCGGAGCUGUCCUGACGACUGUCAUGGCCGGGGCCGCUGCGUGGACGGCCAGUGCGUCUGCCAAGAGGGCUUCACGGGUCCAGACUGCGGGCAGCGCUCCUGCCCCAAUGACUGUAGUAACUGGGGGCAGUGCGUCGCCGGCCGCUGCAUCUGCAGUGAGGGCUACACCGGGGAAGACUGCUCGGAGGUGUCCCCUCCCAAAGACCUCAUCGUGACAGAAGUGACAGAAGAGACCGUAAACCUGGCCUGGGACAACGAGAUGCGGGUCACGGAGUACCUCGUCCUGUACACACCCACCCAUGAGGGUGGCCUGGAAAUGCAGUUCCGUGUCCCCGGAAACCAGACGUCCACCAUCAUCCGGGAGUUGGAGCCUGGCGUGGAGUAUUUUAUCCGCGUGUUCGCCAUCCUGGAGAACAAGAAGAGCAUCCCCGUCAGCGCCAGGGUGGCCACUUACUUGCCUGCACCUGAAGGCCUCAAGUUCAAGUCCAUCAAGGAGACAUCUGUGGAGGUGGAGUGGGAUCCUCUGGACAUCGCUUUCGAAACGUGGGAAAUCAUCUUCCGGAAUAUGAAUAAAGAAGAUGAGGGAGAGAUCACCAAAAGCCUGAGGAGACCAGAGACCACCUACCGGCAAACUGGCCUAGCUCCUGGGCAAGAGUAUGAGAUCUCUCUGCACAUUGUGAAGAACAAUACCCGGGGCCCAGGCCUGAAGAGGGUGACAACCACCCGCUUGGACGCCCCCAGCCAGAUCGAGGUGAAAGAUGUCACGGACACCACUGCUCUGAUCACCUGGUUCAAGCCCCUGGCCGAAAUAGAUGGCAUCGAGCUCACCUACGGGACCAAAGACGUGCCAGGCGACCGCACCACCAUCGAUCUCACACAGGACGAGAACCAGUACUCCAUCGGGAACCUGAAGCCAGACACAGAGUACGAGGUGUCCCUCAUUUCCCGCAGAGGCGACAUGUCCAGCAACCCAGCCAAGGAGACCUUCACAACAGGCCUGGAUGCUCCCAGGAACCUCCGCCGUGUCUCCCAGACAGACAACAGCAUCACCCUGGAAUGGAGGAACGGCAAGGCAGCCAUUGACAAUUACAGAAUUAAGUACGCACCCAUCUCUGGAGGGGACCACGCUGAGGUCGAAGUCCCGAGGAGCCAACAAGCCACAACGAAAACCAUACUCACAGGUCUGAGACCAGGGACUGAAUAUGGCAUUGGAGUGUCUGCUGUGAAGGGAGACAAGGAGAGUGAUCCGGCCACCAUCAACGCAGCCACAGACCUGGACCCGCCCAGGGAUCUUCGGGUUUCUGAAACUACGGACACCAGCCUGACCCUGCUCUGGAGGACACCGUCGGCCAAGUUUGACCAUUACCGCCUCAACUACAGCCUUCCCUUGGGCCAGCCAGUGGAGAUGCGGCUUCCCAAAGGCACUACCUCCUAUGUCCUGAGAGGCCUGGAACCUGGGCAAGAAUAUCCCAUCCUCCUCACCACAGAGAAGGGCAGGUACAAGAGCAAGCCCGCACGUGUCAAGGCAUCCACAGACCACGCCCCUGAACUGGAAAACCUCACCGUGACCAAGGUUGGCUGGGAUGGCCUCAAACUCAACUGGACCGCAGCUGACCAGGCCUAUGAGCACUUUGUCAUUCAGGUGCAGGAGGCCAACAGGGUGGAGGCGGCCCAGAACCUCACGGUGCCCGGCAGCCUGCGGGCUGUGGACAUCCCGGGCCUCAAGGCCGCCACCCCUUAUACAGUUACCAUCUACGGGGUGAUCCGGGGCUAUAGAACACCAGUGCUCUCUGCUGAGGCUGCCACAGGAGAAGCUCCCAAUUUGGGAGAGGUCACGGUGUCCGAGGUGGGCUGGGACGCCCUCAAGCUCAGCUGGACUGCUCCGGAAGGAGCCUAUGAACAGUUUUUCAUUCAGGUGCAGGAGACUGACACGGUAGAGGCAGCCCAGAACCUCACAGUCCCAGGAGGACUGAGGUCUGUGGACUUGCCUGGGCUCAAAGCAUCCACUCGUUAUAGCAUCACCAUCCGCGGGGUCACUCGAGACUUCAGCACAGCCCCUCUGUCUGUUGAAGUCUUGACAGAGGAGGUUCCAGAUCUGGGAAACCUCACAGUGGCCGAGGUUAGCUGGGAUGCCCUCAGACUGGACUGGAUCACCCCAGAUGGGAUCUAUGAGCAGUUUGUCAUUGAGGUCCAGGAGGCUGACCAGGCCAAAGAAGCUCACAGUCUCACAGUUCCUGGCAGCCUGCGCUCCGUGGAAAUCCCAGGCCUCAGGGCUGGUACCCCGUACACAGUCACCCUGCACGGCGAGGUCAGGGGCCGCCGCACUCGACCCCUUGCUGUGGAGGUCAUCACAGAGGAGCUCCCCCAGCUGGGAGACUUAAUCGUGACCGAGGCUGGCUCGGAUGGCCUCAAACUCAACUGGACCGCAGCUGACCAGGCCUAUGAGCACUUUGUCAUUCAGGUGCAGGAGGCCAACAGGGUGGAGGCGGCCCAGAACCUCACGGUGCCCGGCAGCCUGCGGGCUGUGGACAUCCCGGGCCUCAAGGCCGCCACCCCUUAUACAGUUACCAUCUACGGGGUGAUCCGGGGCUAUAGAACACCAGUGCUCUCUGCUGAGGCCUCCACAGCCGGAGAACCUGAAAUUGGAAACUUAAAUGUUUCCGACAUAACUCCUGAGAGCUUCAAUCUCUCCUGGACAGCUACCGAUGGGGCCUUCGAGACCUUUACCAUUGAAAUUAUUGAUUCCGAUAGGUUCCUGGAGACGCUGGAAUACAAUGUCUCUGGUGCUGAACGAACUGCCCACAUCUCAGGGCUACGCCCUAGUAAUGAUUUUAUUAUCUACCUCUCCGGACUUGCUCCCAGCAUCCGGACCAAAACCAUCAGUGCCACGGCCACCACAGAAGCCGAGCCAGAAGUUGACAACCUUCUGGUUUCAGAUGCCACCCCAGACGGUUUCCGUCUGUCCUGGACAGCUGAUGAAGGGGUCUUCGAUAAUUUUGUUCUCAAAAUCAGAGAUACCAAAAAGCAGUCUGAGCCACUGGAAAUAACCCUACUUGCCCCCGAACGUACCAGGGACAUAACAGGUCUCAGAGAGGCCACUGAAUAUGAAAUUGAACUCUAUGGAAUAAGGAAUGGAAGGCGAUCCCAGCCAGUCAGUGCUAUAGCAACAACAGCCAUGGGCUCCCCGAAGGAAAUCAUUUUCUCAGACAUCACUGAAAACUCCGCCACUGUCAGCUGGAUGGCACCCACUGCCCAGGUGGAGAGCUUCCGGAUUACCUACGUGCCCAUUGCAGGAGGUACACCCUCAGAGGUAACUGUGGAUGGGAGUAAGACUCAGACCAGGCUGGUGAAGCUCUUACCUGGGGCCGAGUACCUUGUCAGUGUCAUCGCCAUGAAGGGCUUUGAGGAAAGCGAACCUGUCUCCGGAUCAUUCGCCACAGCUCUGGAUGGCCCAUCUGGCCUUGUGACAGCCAACGUCACCGACUCAGAAGCCUUGGCCAUGUGGCAGCCAGCCAUUGCCCCUGUGGACAGUUACAUCAUCUCCUACACGGGGGAGAGAGUGCCAGAAAUUACACGCACGGUGUCCGGGAACACGGUGGAGUAUGCUCUGACCAACCUGGAGCCCGCCACGGAAUACACGCUGAGGAUCUUUGCAGAGAAAGGGCCCCAGAAGAGCUCAACCAUCACGACCAAGUUCACAACAGACCUCGAUUCUCCAAGAGACUUGACUGCUACUGAGGUUCAGUCGGAAACUGCCCUCCUCACCUGGCGACCUCCCCGGGCGUCUGUCACCGGUUACCUAUUGGUGUAUGAAUCCGUGGAUGGUACAGUCAAGGAAGUCAUUUUGGGUCCAGACACAACCUCCUACAGCCUGGCAGAGCUGAGCCCAUCCACCCACUACACAGUCAAGAUCCAGGCCAUGAACGGUCCCCUGAGGAGCAAGCUGGUGCAGACCUUCUUUACCACGGUUGGACUCCUCUACCCAUUCCCCAGGGACUGCUCCCAAGCCAUGCUGAAUGGAGACACGACCUCUGGCCUCUACACCAUUUAUCUGAAUGGUGAUAAGGCCCAGCCGCUGGAAGUCUUCUGUGACAUGACCUCUGAUGGGGGUGGAUGGAUAGUGUUCCUGAGACGCAAAAAUGGGCGUGAGGAGUUCUACCGUGACUGGAGGGCCUAUGCUACUGGGUUUGGGGACCGCAGAGAAGAAUUCUGGCUUGGGCUGGACAACCUGAACAAAAUCACAUCCCAAGGGCAGUACGAGCUCCGGGUAGACCUGCGGGACCACGGGAAGUCAGCCUAUGCCGUCUACGACAGGUUCAGCGUGGGCGAUGCCAAGACGCGCUACAAGCUGAAGGUGGAAGGGUACAGCGGGACGGCAGGUGACUCUAUGGCUUAUCACAACGGAAGGCCCUUCUCCACCUACGACAAGGACAUGGACUCAGCCAUCACCAACUGUGCCCUCUCCUACAAGGGGGCUUUCUGGUACAAGAACUGUCACCGUGUCAACUUGAUGGGGAGAUAUGGGGACAAUAACCACAGUCAGGGCGUUAACUGGUUCCACUGGAAAGGCCACGAAUAUUCAAUCCAGUUUGCUGAGAUGAAGCUGAGACCCAGCAACUUCCGAAAUCUCGAAGGCAGGCGCAAACGGGGGUAAAUUCCAGGGAUAACUGGGUGAGAGAGAAGUAGGGCCCAGAGAAAGAAAAGAGUUUUACCAAAGCAUCGAUACAAUCAAUCCAACCAUGAAGCCACCACCUGGGCAUUUGGCAGGAGUUAAAGUUGACCAUGGAUCAUCGGGGCCAAAGGCAGCAACACCAGCCUCGCCCAUCUGCGAUUACUUCCUUCGCACCAAAGACAACAGUCUCCAACCUGUUUCCGUUUUGUUGUUUGAAUCAGCAAAAAAAUCUUCCAGUGACAGCAUCACAAUGGUUUUCCUUCUCUUGGGUGGCUCUGGGAAUGGGAGAGGGGUAGGCUGUACAGUGGUAGUUUUAGAACCAGCUGUAUUUUACACAAAGCUGUAUAAUUAAUUAUCGUUAUUUUUGUUAGCAGUGUUUCAAUGUGUGUCAUUGGAAGCCAUCCCUUUUUUUACAUUUCAUACAACAGAAACCAGAAAAGCAAUACUGUUUUGACUUUAAGGAUAUGAUUAAUAUUAUUAAUAUAAUAAUAAUGAUGAUGAUGAAAACUAAGGAUUUUUAAAGAGAUCUUCCUUUCCCAAACACAUCUGGACAGUACCUGAUUGUAUUUGUUUUUUUAAUAAAAG